AUGUGGACAAAUGGGCGUAGCAAAAAACAAUACCAUCACUUUGGCGAUGUGGUCACAUUCGACACAACAUACAAGACCAAUCUAUAUGAUAUGCCAUUCGGAAUUUUUGUUGGCGUGAACAACCACUUCCAGAGUGUGUUGUAUGCUGGUGUGCUCAUGCGAGAUGAGACGGUCGACACUUUCAAAUGGAUUUUUGAUGAGUUUGUGAAGAUGAUGGGAGGGAAAAGACCAAUUACAAUUUUGACAGACCAAGCCAGGGCGAUGGAAGUCGCCAUUGAGGAAAUAUAUCUAGAUGCAACACACAGAUGGUGCAAGUGGCACAUCCUGAAGAAGGCCAAAGAGAGCCUGGGGUCUAAUUACACAAAGAAGUCUGAUUUCAGGGCAGAAUUCCACAAGUUGGUCCACGAGAUGCUCACCAUCGAGGAGUUCGAGGACGGGUGGGUAGAGUUGCUUGAGAAGUACUCACUGACUAAGAAGACGUACCUGACGCAAAUUUACGAAACAAGGCAGAAAUGGGCCAAACCAUACUUUGCAGGAAAAUUCUGUGCCAGGCAAACCAGUACUGGAAGGAGUGAGAGCGCAAAUCACAUGUUGAAACAAUAUGUUCCACCUUCUUGCUCAAUGAAUCUUUUUGUCAAGCAAUAUAACAAGCUGCAGUUUGACCGUGAACAAGAAGAAGGGUUCCAGGAGAAACGAACCAGGCUGAGUGGAGCUGUCUUGAAGGUCAACACCCCACUAGAAGUGCACGCUAGCAAGAUUUACACCAGGAAGAUGUUUGAGAUUUUUGGAGGAAUAUUGUAUGAAUCCGGAAGCUAUGAUGUAGAAGAGAUCAUACCAAAGCAGAAAUACAUGGUGACCCACGUCAAGGCUGAAAAGCAAGAGAAAUGGUUCAAAUGCCGAUAUGAGGUCAAUGUGUUUGAUAAUCUGGGGUAUUUCUCGUGCAUAUGCGACCUGUUCGAGCACAUGGGUAUGGUCUGCUGUCACUCGCUGCAGGUCAUGAAUGUGCUCCGGCUUAGGGAGAUUCCCCACAGGCACAUCUUGAAGAGGUGGAGCAUACAUGGCAGAGAUAAUUUGCCGGAUCAUCUCAAACAUUACCAACAGGACAUGGGCCCGCCGGACGCACCCACUUAUAGACAUUCUGCUUUGUACAUCACUGCCCUGGAGGUGGUUAAAAUGGGCGACAUAAACCAAGAAGCAUGCAAAUUCAUGUUGGAUGGAUUGGUGGAUCUUAGGGAGAGAGGAGCUGAGAUUAGCGCACCAAAUGAUGGCCUAGGCAUCGUUGAGCAGCAGGUCUCGAACAAUGGAGUUGCGGGUGGUUGCAGCAAGAAAACCAAGACUUGUAAGGCGGCGUGCUCUGUAAGAAGUGUUGAAGGGAAUCACAUAACGGCCAUAGGAGAAACAUCGGUGUCGGUUCAUCCACCAGCAAACCAAGGCGAGGGGGCACCGACGUCCAAAGACAUGGCAUCAGAAGGAUCCUGUCCAAAUGCAGAUAGCUACAAUUCAGACUUUUCUGAGGCUGCAUCCAGGUUUACUGUCAAUCUGGAUGAGAGUCUGCUUGCACCAGAAAGGAAAAAGAAACGUGGCCGGCCAACAACAAGCAGGGACAAGGCUCCAUAUGAGAAGGGAAGCAACAAAAGAUCAAGGUUUUGUUCAAUCUGUAGGGGCAAAGGCCACAAGUCAAGCACCUGCCCCGACCGUGGUGACGCCCCUAGAAAAGAAAGGAAAGUGGGCACAUGCAGCAAGUGUGGAGUGCCUGGGCAUAGGAAAACAACAUGCAGCAAGCCGCUCUUGUCCUCGAUGGCCGGUGUUCCUCCAUCUCAUUAG